AUGCCGAACGACACUAUUGAUGCUUCGUCACAAGAUGACAUUCCCAUUGGAUCAGACAAGGAAAGAAAAAAGGCUGUUGAAACAACGGUUCACAUAUCCACUUGCCAUGCCUUGGAUGAGGACAAGCCAAAGUUCUCUCGCACGGCUAAAAUUCUCGUCCUGAUAGCGGGAUCUUUUUGUGGCCUCAACUGCAGCGUUGGCACAUCAAUCCCAUCAGGUGCCUACGAGGCUAUAUCUGAGCACUUUCGGUUGACCAACAGAAUGCAACUUGCUCUACUCAACUCGCUUAAUAUGGUUGGGUUUAUCCUGGGGCCGUUAAUUUUUGGUCCGCUGAGCGAAUUCAUCGGGCGUCGCCCAGUGAUGAUUCUGUCAUAUCUUGGCUUCUUCGUAUUUAUGUUGGCGUGUUCAGGCGCCCCUAACUACCCUGCUCUGUUGGCAUUCAGACUUCUCUCCGGCGUCAAUGCUGCAGCCCCCUUUUCCGUUGUUGGCGGGCUAUACUCGGACAUUUUGGAUGAUCCUCACAAGCGAGGACAAUCUAUCGCUGCUUUCAUGGUUCUUAAUACCUGGGGUGCUUUUGCCGCGCCUCUAAUAUCAGGCUUUGCGUCGCGUCUCUCGUGGCGGUGGCCGUUCUGGGCCGCUUCAAUCAUGGCGGCUCCCGGAAUCCCACUGGUUUUAAUGUUGCCAGAGACGUACGCACCGGUUCUCCGAAAGAAAGCUCAUCGGGGCAUUACUGAACCCUGUGACUCGGAGGAGGCGAUACUAACAGAACCAAAGCCGCUUGACGCCCGAAAAAUAUUCCUACGUCCUGCUAUCCUAAUCGCCAGCGAACCGAUUUUACUUAUGUCGUCGAUUUAUCUCGCUCUUGCAUAUUCAAUUCUCUAUCUUAUAUUCCAAGUGUAUCCCAUAAUCUUCCAAGGUAUUCAGGCACCAAUCAGCAAUUUCGGUUUUUUUUUUUGA